AUGGUCUUCUCUCCUCGUCUCUCAGCUUUCGUUGCUCUGGUCGCAUUGACCAACGCCGCAACUGCCGUUCCUAUGUAUGGACAGUGUGGUGGAAGUGGUUACACAGGUCCUACUCAAUGCGACCCUGGCUUGGUCUGCGUCAAGUUGAACGACUGGUAUUCGCAGUGUCAAUCCGGAGGUGCUCAGCCUCCAGUCACUACCACUUCUUCUCCCCCGGUCACUGUCUCUCCUCCUCCUUCGACUACUACAGUUGCUCCUCCUGUGGCCACAGGACCUCCCGCCCCUGAGAUCCCGGCUGGGCAGCUCACCCAGCUUCGAAGCUUCGGAAACAACCCAAGUAAUAUCAGCAUGUUCGUCUACAAGCCCCAGAACGUAAAAAACCGCCCUGGUCUCCUCGUCGCCCUCCACCCGUGCGGAGGAACUGCUCAGCAAUACUUCUCCGGCUUCCCUGGGUUCCGCCAACACGCCGACCAAAGAGGCUUCAUCGUUCUCUACGGACAGUCGCCUCCUGGCAGCUCCAACUGCUGGGACAUCAUCUCCACCGCCUCACUCACUCGCGAAGGGGGUGACGACUCGACCGGCAUCGCCUCCGCCGUCAAGUACGCUCUCCAGAACUGGAACGUCGACCCCGAGAAGGUCUUCGUAACUGGUACUUCGAGCGGCGCAAUGAUGACCAACAUUAUGGCCGCCACCUACCCCGACCUCUUCAAAGCCGGCGCAGUUUGGGCUGGGACCGCCGUCGGAUGCCUCUCCGCCAACACACCCCAAUUCCCUCCCGAUCCUUGCCAGUCCGGAACCGUCAUCCGCACUCCCCAAGAGUGGGGCGACAGAGUCCGCCGCGCCUACCCAGGCUACAACGGUCCGUGGCCUAGGAUGCAGAUCUGGCAUGGAACGAACGACUUUGCGUUGGACCACAAGAACUUGGCGGAGCAGAUGAAGCAGUGGACGAACGUCCAUAACAUUUCGCAGACCCCUACUUCCACUUCACCCAGUACUCCUAGGCAGGGGUGGACCAAACAGGUGUAUGGAAAUGGGCUUGUCGAAACUUUCUCUGGCCAAGGUGCAGGCCAUGGUUUGCCCGAGAGUGGAACUGAAGUCGUAGCUAUGGAUUUCUUCGGUCUCUAG